AUGCCAAAGGCCACCAAAUACAGGAGAAACAAGCCUAAAAACUCCUUUGACUUUUGUGUUGAACCUGGAAUUACGCCUGUCUCGCCAGAGGUCAACUCCGACCAAUUCCGCUUUAUAGUUGAAUUUGGACCGUAUUUUCGCCAAGCAACCAGGCUCAACGAGCAAAUGCACUUUAUGGAUGCAUUUCUUGACCUUUGGUUUGCCAAAUGGCCUGAGUUACCCGUUGACUCAGCUGAUGUAGACUUUGCGUACCACCGGCAAUCCGUUACAAGGAAGAAGGUCCUUCGAGAAUUAAGAUUUACUGGAGCAUUUAGUCACGAAAGUGAUCAACCUUGGCGUGGAUAUCUUGCCACAAAGACGGCCGAAUUCCACGCAAAGAAAGCCAAUGUGGCCUCGACAUCCAACACAUCCGCUAAUCAUUCCCGCCCUCGGCCCAGGCCCCGCCCCAAAGUCAUCAAGCAGGAGGAGGAGGAACCGUCCCUAGAGCCAGAGUGCAUUGUUAUUGACGAUUAG